AUGGAUCAAGAGAGCAAACAGGUGGAUAUUACUGUUGAAUGGCAGGGCGCUAAGCACACCGAGUCGAUGGACUCUGAGGCGGUGAACAAGGAAGCGCUCACAGGUCUGGUUAAGAGGAGCUUUGGUGGUCUACCGGCAAAGUUCAAGUUAGAGAGAAGAUCGAAGAAGUUCAAGGGCUAUGUGCCAUUACGGACCAAAGAGGAUUAUAAGUACUUGAAGCGCAGCUUGGCUGUGAAGAAUACGCUUGUGCUUAGGGUUGUUGUGGAUGUCGGUGUGGAGGCUGCUGUUGCAGCCUCCCAAAAGACCCCCAAGGUUGUCAAGUCUGCUCAAGGCAGUGUUGGCACUAAAGAGCCGGUUGAUAUUGCUCCCAAGAAGAAGGAUAUCCUGGGUAAAGUUGAGAAGUCAAAGAAGCCAGACACUUAUGUCUCAGUUCCAAAGGAUGGGUUUGAACGUCUGUGUAAGGAGAUUGCCAACUUGAGCGCAAAGCUGGACAAAGUUGUUGAAAAGGAAGAGUCUAUAAAGAAUCAUGAACACGCCGAUGGUCUGAACCAUCAUGGGGAGUCAACCAUAACUGUUGGUUACCAUGAUAGCGUUUAUUGCGAUGGAUGCUCUUUCCCAUGUACCGAACGCACAAGAAUAUCAGGCUACAGAUACAGUUGUAAAGUUUGUCCAGAUUUCGAUCUUUGUGAGAAGUGUUACCGUGAUCAAGACACAGUAACCUGGUCUUGCGGUGUGAACCAUUCUAAGAGUCAUGAAAUGGCUAGAACUUCCCCUGUUUCCUUUUCAACCUUGAAGACAAACAAGAGUGCUGGCGAACUAGUUCGCUUCCAUCCUGGUGUAUUUUGUGAUGUUUGUUGCCCUAUUGGCGAUCCUGAACAUGCAAUAGUUGGUAACAGAUACAAGUGUAAACAGUGCUUCAACUACGACUUGUGCGAGACUUGUUACUCUGAAGGUCGUUCCUCUGGUUAUCAUUCUGCUUGUCACGAGGUUGUUAAGUACCCAGCAUUUGUUGAGGUUCAACUAGCUGGUUCAUUGACCGAAGCAGCCACGAAUGAGAGUAAGGUUGAUGAGGUAAAGAAAGACUUGGAGGAACAAAAUGAAAUACUGCAGGCGCAACUCAAGUCUUUGGAAGAUAUCACUGAUAAGUACUCGUCUUUGAUUGGAUUAGCAAAAGGUUACAAUAUUGAAGAACUAGUUAAGAUUGGGUUGAAGCAUGUUGGUAGAAAAGAGAAAAGUUCAAACCCAAGUAUCAAGAUUACCUCUCUUGUCCAAGGUGACUUCUUGCAAUUUGUCGUUGCAAAUUUGUCAAGUAGACCUACCCUGGCAAACUCAAUGCUUGAACUCAGAUCUGUAUCUUCUUCUCCUACAACUAUAAAGUUUUGUAUCCGCAAUCCAAUCCAAUCUGAUUGUGUUAUUAAGUUGAAGACCAGAAUUGCAGAUUUGAAUGAUUCCCCCUCGAACUUUUUGAAGAAGUGCUCUGUUAAGAUGCUUAGCGAGGAUGGUGAAUUGAUCCUUAGUGGGGAAUUCAAAGAUUCACAGAGUAUCAUCCUAGUUCAAGUUGCAAAUGAGGACUUACAUCCUCCACAGGAAUGUCUACAAGAUGUCCUUAACACUCCAGAAUCUUCCAUAGCGUUGGAGAAGAAGGCCACCAAGAGCGUCGAGGAGACCAACACCAGUAUUUCAACGUUGAAGGAGAAGGCUGAAAAUGGAUCUGAUACUAACAGCUUAGAUCCGGAAGCCGAUCUUGGAGACACUAUUGUUUUAUCGCUAGAUGAAUUUUCAAGAGUGCUUACCCUCGAAGAUACUGAUGACGAUUACAGCACGCUUGAGGACUAUGAGAUUUUAAGCACCGAUGAUUAUAUCUCUGAAGACCAAUCCACAGUCUAA